GGUCCGGCCAAAGAGGGGAGCGGGAGCGGGAGCGGCGGCAGCCCCAUGAAGGGCGAGGAGUCCAUGACGGAGGAGCGGAUCGCCCAGAUCCUCAACCAGGCGACGGCGGCCAUGAAGGAGUCGUCCAACGCGUCCACGGCCACCUCCACCGCCUCCGCCCACGGGGGGAACCCCUCCCCGUCCAACCGGAGCUCCCCGUCCGCCGCCCACUCGCCGCCCGUGCCCCGCAGCGACGCGAGGAAGGCGAUGCUCGGCCGCAGCAGCAGCGUGGCCCGGUACGAGAACGACGACAUCUCGCAGGAGGCGGUGGCGAGGAUCUACCAGGAGCAGCUGGCGCAGCUGGCGGCGGCGGUGCGGUCCACGCCCACGCCCAAUGCGGACUCGGGGGACGAGCUGGCGAACUCGCUGGCGCACCGGGAGCAUUAUUCCAACCUCCUCGCAUCCUGCUUCAGCCAGGGUCUGUUCAUGAACCGCAGCCCCGAGGAGAUCGGGAUGGCCCUGAGCAUCUACCAGCAGGAACUGAGCAAGCUGACGGCCACGGCCCACGCCCAGGCGCGGGAGCUGGCGGAGGCGCAGGCGCGCGCCCACCCCGGCGUCCACCCGAGCGCCCAGGCCGGCUCGGGGAGCCUGGACCUGUCGGUGAAGAGGGAGUCGGCCGCCGUGAACGGGGGGUCGGACGAGUCGAACGACGACGACCGGGACGAGCCGCCCGAGAAGCCCUCUUCGGCCUUCUCCCUCGUCACGCCGAAGUCGGAGCCAGGCGUCUCCCCCCCGCACCUGACCUCUGCGACGACAGCGACGAGCCUCUCGACCUCCAUGGCGAGCAGCCUGACCCCGCCGUCCCAGUCGCACCUGUUCCCCGGCUCCUCCCCGCUGCAGCGGAUGGCGCACAUCACGAACGCGCUCAUCUCGCAGCCGUCCCUGCCGUCGGCGAUCAGCCUCCCGUCGCAGCGGCCGCUGAAGGCCAUCCUGCCGCCCAUCACGCAGCAGCAGUUCGACCAGUACCAGAACCUCAACACGGAGGAUAUCGUGAAGAAGAUCAAGGAGCAGCUGAGCCAGUACUCGAUCAGCCAGCGGCUGUUCGGCGAGAGCGUGCUGGGGCUGUCGCAGGGCAGCGUGUCGGACCUCCUGGCCCGGCCGAAGCCGUGGCACAUGCUGACGCAGAAGGGGCGGGAGCCGUUCAUCCGCAUGAAGAUCUUCCUGGAGGACGACAACGCGGUGCAUAAGCUGGUGGCGUCGCAGUACAAGAUCGCGCCCGAGAAGCUCAUGAGGACGUCGUCGUCGUAUGGGACGCCGCACACGCACACGCCGCACGUGCCCAUCAUCAACCAUGAAUCGCUUGAAUGUCCCACAGCCAUGGCCCUGAGCCGCAGCGGAUCCAAGACCGGAUACCCGGAAUCCCUGCUGUCGAAGGCGAUCGACUACGGCAUGGGACAACGGGGCCUGCCGGCCGCGCCCGUCUCCACCCCGCACCCGCUGGACGCCCUGAAGAAGAACGCUGCCGGGGGCGGGGGCGGGGGCGGGGGGCUGUCCCCCAAGGGGGGGAUCCUCCCGCCGCAGCACAACGUCUACGAGAUGGCGGCCCUCACGCAGGACCUGGACACGCAGCUGAUCACGACCAAGAUCAAGGAGACGCUCCUGGCCAACAAUAUCGGGCAAAAGAUAUUCGGAGAAGCAGUGCUGGGUUUGAGCCAGGGAUCGGUGAGCGAACUGCUAUCGAAACCAAAGCCCUGGCACAUGCUGAGCAUCAAGGGACGAGAACCCUUCAUCCGCAUGCAGCUCUGGCUCUCGGACCCGAACAACAUCGAGAAGCUACAGACGCUGAAAAACGAGCGGCGGGAGGCAAACAAGCGGCGUCGGAGCGCGCCUGUCCCCGACCCACCGACCCCGUCGGGAGCCGACGUGAGUUCCGACUCGGCCGACGUGUACGCGUUCGGCACGCCCAGCCCCACCAGCCCCGCCAAGAAACAGCGGGUACUUUUCUCGGACGAGCAAAAGGAGGCGCUUCGCCUCGCUUUCCAGCUGGACCCGUAUCCGAGCGUGGCGACGAUGGAGUUCCUCGCCCAAGAGCUAGGUCUCACCUCUCGCACCAUCACCAACUGGUUCCAUAAUCAUCGCAUGCGGUUGAAACAACAGGCACCGCACGACGAUCGAGGCGGGAACGGGCUCCCCUCCGCUCCCCGCGAGGGGCCUCAGUCCUUCGACCCCAUGCAGUUCCGGUUCCUGCUUCAACAGCGGCUCCUGGAACUGCAUAAGGAACGGGUAGCGUCGGGAUCUUCUCCGCUCUCGAUGAUCCCUCCGCCGUUCCCUCAUCCGGGAUCGUACCCGUUCUUCAAUCCUCUGAUCGCGGGAUUGGGCGGUCUGGAUCUGCGUCUGGUCCCACCGACGUCCGACUCGGGCGACGCAGCCCCCUUGAACUUGAAACGCGACCCCGACUCGGAACUGAGCGAAGACAGCGACGCCGGCUCCAACGGGGACUCGAACGGCUCCGGCUCCAGCGCGGCGAAGGAGACGACCCGGAAAGAACCGGACAAGACGGCACCGAGCCGGUCCUCGCGCCGGAAGCCUGCAGCCCCCCAGUGGGUGAACCCCGACUGGCAGCACCAGGACAAGGACGUCAUCAUCAACGGGGUGUGCGUGAUGCAGACGGACGCCAUCCGGGCCGACCAGGCCGAGAACGGAGCCCCCCGCACCAGCCCCAAACCGGUGAACGCUAACAAUGAAGGCAGUGAUAGCAACGACGAGGUCCCAGAAGAGGAGGAGGAGGAGGAUGACGAAGAGGAGGAGGACGAGAUGGAGGACUCGUCUGCGCAUCGAUCUCCCCCCGUGUGGAAAUCAAAACUGGACCAUAGCGAUCAGUGA